AUGGACGUUGCCAUCACUCACUAUGAGGCUUUGAAAAGUUUCCUUGAUACGCAUCUUGCCAAGGAGCAACCCAACAGUUCAAGGACAAAUGCAAGAGAAAAAUUGUCUAAGCUCACAAAGCAACAAUUUCAAGAGUUGUCUACAGAUGUAUAUGACGAGUUGACCAGACGACUGUUGGAUUCAGUUGAAGUACCCUUCCUUCCCUUGCGUGAGGAGUUUCACCCCAAAAGAAAUCAGGCACGACAAAAGUUAGCAACGUUGCCAAAAAGUCGAUUCAAGGAUUUGGCAAGCGAUGUUUACUAUGAAUUGGAAAGGCGUUAUCCCAAAUUAAAAGAUAUGGUUGUCUCGGCGGUGCCUGUUAACGAUAACUCAUCACAGAAUGUUUCUACUUCGGGCCAAGCACCAAAGUCUAAUACCAUUGUUCCAGAAAUUAGUACCUUAAAGCAAGAAACUAUUUCUGUAGACUUUCACAUUCAGAAACAAAAUACUCGAUCAGAAAAUACGGCCACAUCCAUUAAUGGCGAAAGUUCAAGCCCGCGUACAUCAACAAACAAUAACAAUUUCCCAUCAAUUUCUGAUUAUGGAUCGCCGGUAUCGCCCAGGAGUCGUACUCAAUCUUCCACAUCCUCGAUAUCAGAUUUUGGGCGCCGAUAUAAUGGAAUGAGUACGAGCAGCAUUAGCAGUUCGGAUAGCAGAAGCAGAGACACAAUGAAUAGCCAGAAAGGCAAUAAAUCCGAUGUUGUUAAUUUCGCCUCCCUUGACAGUUUAAUGGCUGAUCUUGGUGAUAUGAUUGAUAAAAAACAAAAUGGAGCCAACUCUGGACGAGUUAUCGAUGGUUAUUCCGAUAUAGACAAGAUUAGAUCAGAUUAUGAACUAAGGGUGGCGACCCUUCAAAAACGAAUAAAAGAGUUGGAAACCGAGUUAUCGGCAAAGAAUGGAUCUAUUACAAACAAUUCUAGAAUACAAGAACUAGAAAAACAAUUAGAAGAGCAAAAGGAAUUAAAUGAAAAACAGGCAUCUAGAUUGGUACAAUUGGAACAAAAAUUAGAAGAAAGUGAUCAACAACAACAAGAAGUGGAGACCAUAUUAGAAAGCUUUCAGUCACUUUCAGGGAAAUAUGACGAGUUGUGCUCGGAGAAGGAUCAAGAUGCAACCAGAAUUAAAGAUUUAACUACCGAAGUUAAUGAGUGGAAGAGCAAAUACGAAAAGAUAAAGAUCGAACUGAGAAACUUGAAAGCGACAUCGUCUUUCUUCAGAGAAGCACCAAAAGUAGAUAUUGUUAAAGAUAACUCGUUGGCUCCGACGCCAGAUGGCGCAAUCGUCGAAUCUAAAAUCGUAGCGUAUCAAGUAGCGAUUGACGAUCUAUUAAGAGCUGGAAGGUCUGACGCGCCGGCCAAUGUUCUUAUCGCCAUGAAAUCGAUUGUUAUCGCUUGUAAAAGCAUAACUGAAGAUGUUGACGAAUAUGAGCAAAAUAGAGCAUCAUUGAUGAAAACUGAAGACAAAGAUAAACUUCAUGCUUUAAAAAGCAAACUUUCGGCUACUCUAACGAAUCUUAUGACCGCUGCCAAAAACCAUGCCACCGGUUAUGGCAUAUCUCCUGUUAGUUUAUUGGAUGCCGCGGCAAGUCAUUUAACAGCGUCGAUUGUAGAUCUAGUAAAACUCGUGAAACUUAAGCGCACCGGAGGACGUGACGCAAAUAAAAUUAAUCCCGAACCUCCUUUACCUUUCAAAACUCCCUCGGAACCAUUAUCUCCGCCACCUCCCCGAACCAAUGAUCCAGAACCCAAAGACGUGGAGGAUUCCAAUGGACGCAGUGGCGUCGAUAUAGACGAAUUAAAAGAUUUUCUGGAGCGCCAAACUGAAGCUAUCGUUCAAGCCAUCCAAACCCUUCUGGCUGCAAUUCGAAAUCAAUCAUAUGGAAACGAACUUACUGAUAACAUCAACACAAUCACAACGAUAGUUUUGAAUGUUAUUGCCGUAUGUCGUGAUUCUUUUGGUUCUUCGUCAGGUGCUCCUUAUCGUGUACGUGGUGAAACAGUGUUAAAAGAACUGGAGAAUAGUGUUGAUAAGCUGGACGAAAUGCGUGAAACAAUAAUGAAUAAUAGUGAGGACUUUUUAUCAAAUAAGGCAUCCAAGCAACGGUUGGCAAGUGCUUCUUUUGAAAUUGCUAAAUUCACAAAAGAACUUGUCGGUCUAAUCGAUUAG